CGAAGCUCGCUGACAAUUUCCCGCUACUUUUUUUCUCCGCAUUGAUGACUGCAAAACUUCUUCCGCCCACUGCAUCACCCCACGGCACGCUUCCGAUCGGACAAAUAUAAUUAUUAUUACUUCUUGUACACGAUCAGCAUCCUGCUGUUUGUACAUAUACUGUAUAAUACCUAUUUUCGCUUGCGACCGACACUGGGUGAGUGUCGGAGUCCAGGCUGUUAAAAAUGCUCUGCCACGCGAUACCACUGUCGCUGCUCUUCCUUGCUCCAUUUACCGGAGCAUCUUUUUACGACAACCCGAAACUCGAUUUGCCGUCCGAAUCGGGGACGCCGUUGGAGGAGUUGAAGGCCAAAUGGGACACUGAUUGGGGCUUUUCAGGAAUCUCAACCUUUGCCCACCUCCGGCAUGUCAAGUGUCUGACGACACCGUACGAGCCCUUUGACAUUGGCAUUAUCGGGGUGCCGUUUGAUACGGCGGUCAGUUAUCGACCUGGCGCACGAUUCGGCCCCCGAGCCAUCCGGGCCGCAUCCGCCCGCCAAACCACAUUCCGGGGCUUCAACCACCGGGCGGGCUUGAACCCAUAUACAUCAUGGGCAUCGAUCCUCGACUGCGGCGACAUCCCCGUCUCACCAUUCGACAACGCACUAGCCCUGCACCAAAUGACAAGCGCCUACUUGGAACUCGUAUCCCGGCGGGCCCUAUCAUACACCAACCCACCAGCGCACAAACACCCCAAAUUAAUCAGUUUGGGCGGCGACCACAGCAUCGCCCUCCCAGCUUUGAGGGCUCUCGAGAAGAUCCACGGUGGCCCCAUCGCAGUCCUCCACUUCGACGCACAUUUGGACACCUGGCAUCCAGGCGCAUACCCGUCAGCAUGGGCCAAUACACCCACCCAAGCGGAUUUCACGCACGGGACCAUGUUCUGGGUCGCAAGUGAAGAAGGACUAAUUGCCAAUGGAUCGAGUGUCCAUGCGGGCCUGCGAACCCGUUUAGGAGGCGUCGAUUGGGCCGAUUACGAAAACGACGAGAACCAGGGGUUUCUGCGUAUCGAAGCUGAUGAUAUCGAUGCCGUUGGUGUCCAGGGAAUUAUUGAUGCGAUCAUGGACCGUAUGGGGACUGAAAAACCGGUUUAUUUGUCCGUUGAUAUCGAUGUCAUUGAUCCUGGCAUUGCUCCUGGUACGGGUACGCCGGAACCGGGUGGUUGGACGACUAGAGAGCUCAUUGCAAUUCUGCGCGGGAUUGAGGGGUUGAAUGUUGUCGGGGCCGAUAUUGUUGAGGUUUCGCCGGCUUAUGAUGGGAGAGAUGAGGGGACGGCUCUGGCGGGCGCGCAGGUCGCUUAUGAGAUUUUGACUAGUAUUGUCAAGAGGGGCCUCAAGGAUCGUGGUGAGGAGGUUGUCCUGCAUAAGCCGGGAAGAUCGAUUGCUGCGAAGGCCAAGGCCAAGGCUGCUGCUAAGGCGAAAGCUAAGGCCAAGGCGAAGGCGGAGGAAGAGGAGGAGGAAGACAUUGCGAGAGAUGAGUUGUAGAUGCCGCUGCUGUCAAAGCAAAAGCAAAAGCAGAAGCCAAAUCAAAAGGCCGCGCCGAGACAGAGGAUGAGGCGCAUACAGUGGCUUGCGGAGGUACAAGUAUGGAGCUGGGCUUUCCAAGGCCGAGCAAGCAGUUCAGUUUGAGCAGAAGAAAAUGGAUGUCAAAACACAGAAGAAAAAAAGAACUGGGAGACGGGUGGUAGUAUGCAUACCUAGUAGUCGGGUGGUAGGGUGUGGUAAGGGUGGACAGUAAGCAAGGAGAAGAGCACGAUUUUGUAUACCAGGGCUACAUGCGAUAGUAUCAGUCACGAAGCAGAGAUGAGGGCGUGAAAAUAAAUCGAAUAAGAAUGAAGAACUCCAUUGUUCCGAUUCCAGAUCAUCUUCUUCUGAUCUGAUCUGUUCAUCUGGUCUUGAUGC